GGUUCCAUUACACAGGCCAUUUACCCUUUUCUCAACUAGCUGCUGUUCCCAUCCAUUCUGGUGCUGAAGCUUUUAACGUGCAUGCUGCAGGAGAAGUCGUGGACCUGACCCAAAGCCCACUGAAGCCGGUGGAAAUUUGAAUUAGAUCUGACAUGAGUAGCAGUGCAAGGACAGGGUGCUUUCCCACAGAGAUGGACACCUGAAACCUCAUGAUAAUCAUCUCUCUAGCACAAUCACAUCUUCUAAUAACCUCAGUUCCCCAAGUCAGCGUUUUUGACACCAGUCAUUUCCAGUAAUGAAAGCAAACAGAGCAAAUGGGUGACCCUGCAGCUCCCAAGACCCUCUGCUGUUUUGAUGAGGCUUUUCCAACCCCACCCCAGCAAAGUCAUUUUCCAGGCCGCCCAGAGGAAGAGGGUUGCUGGCAAGGCAUGAAGGCUGGGAGUUGGGAAAGCUAAGUUUUGAUCCAUACAAACUCAACUGCAAGGCUUUCAGACCAGUUGCUUCUUUCUCCGUGCCUCAGUUUUCCUAGCUGACAAAUCAGGUGGAAUAAUUAUAGGUGCCACUGAUGAAGGCUAAAUUGCUUAGUGUUUGUAAUGUCCUUUGACAUCCUGAACAGGACAAAAUGAAAUCCCGUUUCCUUCCUUAGGCAAAAAUUGACCUGGCUCUAGUGCUAACGCUGCCCUCAAUAUGACUGGUUAAACGUGGCUGCAUCUCUCCUGUCAAAAAAGUGUGUGUGCACGUGCUUCACUUGUACAGAAAGCCAUUUACACAAGUACAGAGAGGCACGUGUACCCAUAGUCCUUUCCAGAGCCCUUUGGGAGAGGGGCUGUCGUCUUGUCCUGUGUCAGGAUAGCAGGUAACACACUGGAGUCUUCAACAUUUAGGUGCCUGGAGGAACAGGACCAAUAAAGAAGUAAAUCAUUAGGUGUCAUCUCACUAUUUUGUGGGUGUGGAUUGGGCCCCUGGGUUUGAAAGACCCACCCUGGCAGGUCAGCCACCGUCCAGCUCCUGAGUGAGAGUAAGAGAAAUGACUACAGGAAAACUUAGGAGAGAAAGACAGAGGAAGGUAAAAAGUCUGAAUGUGAGCUAAUCUCAGCCAGGCCCCAUUUUCCUCCCCACUGGUACUGUGUUGUCUCCCUUUUUUCCAUCAGAGGCCCAGUGCUCCUAGGUGUAUGUGGGAUGUGAGCCCUGCUCCUCCACUGCCUGCUAGUGAUUUCUUCUGUUCAUCUAUUUUUUUUUCCCUCCUGACCCUGUAGAAAGACCCAACAACGGGAGUGCAAUGACGGCCGGGAGUGCUGAAGCCGCGGGAGCCAUGAAGAGCCAGGACACUCUGGAGAACAAGCCGCCGGGACCUGCCCCUCCUUCCCGGCGGCAUGGCCGCAGGAGGCGGCGCAAACCUCCGCCGGAGCUGACUGUGAAGGCGCAGCUGCGGAUGCGCUCACCCUCAGGGGCCUUUGUGAUUGUGGGCAUCUCCGUGGUCCUGGUUGGCAUGACAAUUGCUGUUGUGGGUUACUGGCCUCACCGGAGCACAUCUGUAGCAGGAUCUGGGGCCAGCUCAAGGAACUCCAGCAGCACGGGGAGCAUCAGGAGGGAAGUGAAGGCACCUGCCCACUCGCGCCACCUCUCCUCUACUGAGAAGCUGAAGCUCAUUGGCCCUGUCAUCAUGGGUAUUGGCCUGUUCAUUUUCAUCUGCGCCAACACCAUGCUGUACGAGAACAGGGACAUGGAGACUCGCCUGCUGAUGCAGAAGGGCCUCUAUGCCAUGACCCUGGGCCUCCCCCAGGUGGCAAGCCCAGAGGAGAGGUACUUCCAGCGGAGGACUAGCCUGCCCAUCCUCAAGGCCAACGCGGAGUGCGUGGAGGGCUGCUACGAGGUGGAUCUCUCCUCUAGCGGGUUCCAAUCCUGUUCCAGCCCUGGGAACAAAUGGGCCGACUGCUAUGGACCUAACAAGCUCCAGACGACGGCCCAGCUGCUCCAUCACAAGGGCCAUUCGCCUGCCAUCUCCCUCCUGAGCAUCCACUCGGGUUUGGGCAACUCCAUGGAAGGGAACCUCAAUCUUUCCUUUGCUUAUGGGGCUGAGUCGGUAAUUUCCUCAGCUGUCAACACGCUGCCGCUUCCCGUCAUCAAGCUAAACAACUGCCUCUCGAAGAAACAGGCUGUGGCUCGGGGGGCAGGGGAGGAAGGGGAGGGCAGUCCAGCUGAGGCACCUGCUGAGGUGCUGAGGCACUUGUGGACACCCUUGCCUAGUGACAGCAGUGUGUCUCCCAAAAAUGAUCUCCAGAGCAGCCACGUGGUGGUCAAUAUGGACAUUGGGCUUCCCCCUGUCCCACCCAGUGAGGAGCUCCUGCCCCCCAAAUGCACUAAGAAAGAGUUCACUUCAGACGUACAGCUCCAUAACCCCGGUCACUCCAAGUCCCUGGACCUUGGCAGGCCUGGAGUGCUGCUCGUGGCGCCAAUCAAAGACCGGAAGAACAGGAGUUGGCCUCGACUUGACCAGAUCAGCCUUGUAGGCUAUGCCAAACUGGAAAGCACAGGCGAGUCCUCAGAUCGGUUGUUGGAGCAAACAGAGCAGCAGAGCAGGGAUGAGCCCAGGCCAAGCUCUUGGCAGGUGGGCACAGAGCUGGGUACUGAAGUGUGACCCCAGCAGCAGACUGGUGACAUGUUCAUUAAACCUUCCUGUCCCUUUUUUUACUGUGUCACUUCUGGGGCCGGUGAGGACACUUGUUUUUUAAGUGGACAUCACAAUGGUGACUGGGCGGCCAGCUUGCCAGCAGCCUAGCUGCAGCACAGGCCUGCUGCUCCUUAGGAAAGGGAUUUUUCUCUCCUCUCCAGAGUGCUGCUGUAUUGACCAAUUUCUCCAUGGAUGGUCCUGGCCUUGCUUUAGAAGUCCCUCUACCUGCGUGUUUUAUCAGGGAAUCCUUGCUUGAAAACUGAAUGAAAACUCCAGUAAAAAGGGAAGGCGGGGUGGGGAUCCCUGGUGCACAACUCCAGCGGCAUCCUUUCUUACAGUCACUUGGCAGGGCUGUGGCGAGGCUCGGGCUGCUUCCCCAUGCUGCUAGGAGGCUAGCUGGCCAGGGGCUUGCCGAGCCUAACAAGGUCAUUAAAUGUUAUCUUAUUA